AUGAAAUCCUUCGUCGCAUUCGCCCUCUUCCUGGCCGUAGGCGCCGCCAUCCCCGUCCAGCAGGACAAGGAGGCGGUCGUCCUCCGUUUCGACAACAACAACAUCGGAGUGGAAGGAUACAACUAUGGUGUCGAAACCUCCAACGGAAUCCAGACCCAAGAAGAGGGAGUGCUCACCAACGUGGGAACCGAAAAUGAGGCUUUGGAAGUCCGCGGUCAAUUCUCCUACACCGGUGAUGAUGGUAUCCUAUACACCGUCACCUACCAAGCUGGCCGCGACGGUUUCAUCGCCAGCGGAGCCCACAUCCCCAAGAACCCCCAAUAA